GAAGGCUUCAGUGGAUGAAGCGGCCCCCUGGCAGGACAAUACGGCUUUGCACUACACGCCUUUGCAUGUUGCUGCAAGGGCGGGAAAUGAAAAGUGCUGCCAACUGCUUUUGCAAGCAGCUGCAGACAUGAACGGACGAUGUCAGGUGAAAAUAACAGAAUGCACGGGAAGGAUUCUGCACGGCGACUGGUACUUCACACCGCUAGAUACCGCUAUCGAGAUGAGCCAGACUGCAGUCGUGAAGCUGCUCCUAGCUCAGAAGGCAGACCUCAUCAAGAACAAGCAGGAUGCGCCUGAGCACCUGAUAUCCUCGCAGGACAAGCACCUCCGGGUCGACAGGUAUAACUACUCCUUGCAGAGCCUCUUGAGCAGUGGGAACAGCCGGGUGAUAUCGGAAGUCGCUGCCGCGCUGCAAGACACUCCUCAACAGGUAGCUCACUUGACCGAGGAGGACAUCGUGCGAUUUCUGAAAACUCCAGGCAAUGCGCCAGUCAAUCUGAUGAAGGCGGUCUUCUACGAGACGAGUCAAAUCAAGUAUUGGAAGCCGGCCCAGCAGACCAGCGCCUCGUCCCGAGGCGAAGGCAAAUACGACGAAUAUUUUCGUCCGGAAUACAUCAUGAAUGUCAAGCAGAGCGACACGCGAGUCUAUGCUCAGUCAGCCAACAUUCGAAAAAUCCUUGUAUACGGAAAGGUCCAGCAUGUAAUCAACUUCACCGAGGGGCCGUCGAGGGACGAUGUGGACAAGCAUUGGAAAGACAGAAGAGUCUUACGGGAUCAAAUCCCAGAGUUCGUUCAGCGAAUUGCGCCCCAGCCGGAGAAGGCAUCGGCGUACUCAGGCUUGGGCAGCCUUUUCAGGGAGAGUGUGUACCUUCCCGUCAAUUUUUUUGCCUGCCUUGUCGCGAACUUGCACCAAAGCGAGGAGGUCUUGCUUGCUAUUGCCAGCUGUCCGAAUCAGGAAAUCUUUCGCCUGCGUGAGUGUGAGGCCAUCGUGUCUUUCAACUGGACCACAGUCAGAUAUAUUCACUUGUCAGACCUGGCAAUUCAGGCAGCCACCUCGUUAUUGCUGCUUUUCAGCAUCUCAACAUUGCGAGAUGAGGACCCAGAGUGGUGUGCCAACCUCCCCUGGUUCGCCUUGUCAGGUCUUCCCUUCGUCACAGCAACCGUCGUCAUGAGGCUCUGUGAGGCAGUGGGCAACAAGAUGAGGGAGCCAUGGGAAGUCUACACGGAGGCCAUGGAGUUGGCCCUGGCUAUAGCAACCAUGGCACUGUUCAUCGUCUUCAUGAUCCCACCCACAAGCGGCCCGCUAACCUGCGCGGAUCGUGGGGUCGUGGAUCGUCUGUCGAUGCGAGCCGCCAUCAUUGUGACGAGCUCCCUGCGAUUGAUGCACAACAUUGACAUGCUGAGGCUAGCCUUCUCAGAGGUGAACAUGAUCGUGACACCGAUCAUUUCAGCUUUGGCUCGGUCACUUCCGUUUUGCAUUGCAGUGAUUUACUUCGCGUUUAUCAUGUGGCAAGCAUACUGGACCUUAGAUGUGGAAGAAUGGCAAAACGGCUGGAAGGCAAUUAUUAUUGCUUGGCGUUUCGCUGUCUUGGGCGACUUCGAAGUCGAAGAGCUCGAAGGUCAAGAAGGCACCUGGCACCAGGCUGCCGAUGCGCCGAUGUGGACUUACGAGGAUCCAGAGCUCACUGACAACUCCACACUAGUCCGAGGAGUCUUCAUAGUGCUGUGCGGCAUGAUGUUCCCGGUCCUUAUCAUGAACAUCCUGAUCUCCGUCCUCAGUGUUUGGCUGGAUUUUGCAAUCAAGAAUGUCUGGCUUGAUUUUCAGCGGGCAAGAGCCAGGAGAGUCUUGAAGUACAAGGCACUCACCCGAUUGUUGUGCAAAUGCCGCAAGGCCGAGGACAUGGAUGUGAACGAACAAGAUGUGAAAGCGAGCGCGCCGUACAUUUGGUUCUCUGCUCCGAAGGAGGAGGAGAUUCUGGAAAAUGAUGUCGCGCCUGGACUCAAUCUCAAAUUCAAGGAAGCCGCCGAAGGCGACCAAAGGAUUGAGUCAAGGCUGGGAAGCCUGGAAAGGUGCCUGCAGAUCCUGGUGGACAGCAAUGUUCGAAACGAGCGUCGCCGUGCAAAGAACACAUUCGACAAGGCGUUCAGCACGCCCAAAGACAUGAAUGGUGCUUAG